AAAAUGAAUUACUGGGUUUGCAUCGGGGUAUGAAAUCCCGUCAUUUGGCAGUAAUAUCUCUAAGUGGAGCUAUUGGUACUGGGCUCUUCGUUAACAGCGGUGCAACUUUAUCACUCACUGGACCAGCACCAAUGUUGAUAGGUUACUUAGUUUUUUCAAUAGUGGUUUUCUUCAUUAUGAAUAUUUUAGCGGAAAUGGCAAGUUUCUUGUCAUUCAGUAAAAAUGGUUCGGGUGCAGCCAUAUUCAUAAAUGAUUACUUAUCUCACGAUUUGGGUUUCACUCUAGCUUAUAAUUAUCUUUAUAUUGGUGUUAUCUAUGUCGCUGCUGAAAUCAGUGUUAUCCCAGCACUUUUUGAUUAUUUCUGUAAUGUGAACGCAGCUGUUUGGAUUAGUGUAUUCUUAGUUUUGAUUCUUUUCUGGUUUGGUUACAUUAAAUUGGUCACAAUUGUCGGCUUAAUAAUUUUAGGUAUAGUGAUUUUUUUUGGUGGAGCCCCAAAUCACGAUCGUUUAGGUUUCAGGUACUGGAAGAAUGGAAAAGCUUUCAAGGAAUACUUGGUAGGUGGGGACACCGGUAAAUUUUUAUCAGUUUGGACUGCUAUUAUUAAAACUGGAUUUUCAUUUACAAGCUCCCCUGAAUUGGUGGUUGCAGGAGCAGCUGAAGUAGAGAGACCAAGAAGAAAUAUCCGAAAAGCAGCAAAUAGUUUCGUUUAUCGUCUUAUAAUUUUUUAUGUUAUUUCUUCAAUCGUUAUUGGAUGCAUUGUUGAUUCUAAUAAUGACCAAUUAUAUGGUAGCUCUGACACUUCGUCUGGUUCUCCAUUUGUUUUGGGUAUUAAAAAUGCAGGUAUUCCAGUAUUGAAUCAAAUUGUUAAUGCUGUGUUUAUAACCUCUGCAGCUUCAUCAGCCAAUUCCUGGGUUUAUUUCUCUUCAAGAGCACUUUUCUCUUUGUCUAAACGUGGAUUGGCUCCGAAAAUAUUUUCUAAAACCAAUAGACAUCAAAUUCCUCUAAUCAGUGUCCUAUCUUGUUGGUCCAUUGGAGGUUUGGCAUACUUAAAUGUCUCGUCAUCGUCUGCUCAAGUCUUUUCAUGGCUAUCAAAUAUAACUACAAUCUCUGGUUUCAUUUCUUGGAUAUUCGUUGGGUUUGCUUACCUUAGAUGGCGUAAGGCAAUUGAAUAUCAUGAAUUAAGUGAUAGAGUUCCAUAUAGGACUCCUUUCCAACCUUAUGGUACUUAUUUUGUCAUCUUUUUUGUCGUUGUUCUUGGUAUAACGAACGGCUACGCAGUGUUUUUUAAUUUCAACAUGAGUGACUUUUUCGCUGCUUAUCUUACAAUAAUCUUUGUAUCAGUUCUUUAUAUUGGUCGGCGUAUUUAUACUUACAUGAAAGGUGAAAGAAGUUGGAUUACUCCCAUAGAAGAAAUCUCAUUUGAUGGUUUGGAUCAAUUUGAAGCUGAAAACGAAGCCUAUCCUGAACUAAUCCCUCGAAAUUUCGCUGAGAAAGUAUUAUAUAUUAUUAUUUAGAGUAAUUGCCUGGAACCUAUUUCGCCAAUAUUCAAUGUAGCUGGUUUAAACUUUGCUUACAAAGCUUUGGGUAGGUCCUGUGGAUUAAGGUAG